CUCACUUUUUCCAGUUCAAUGAACUUAAAAUUAAGGCUUAAGUUAAGUUAAAUCAACAUUUUUUACAGUGUAGAUAAAUUAACCAACAUUACUCCCAUAACGAAAUAGGCGACAGAACGAAGCAGAGAGAGUAGAAGAGAAAGAACUCAUCGUACUAUGGAUAAAUCCAACUCGGCUGGACUAGGACCUCUGGUCAGGGCUUUAGAUGGGACGGGUCGGGGAGCGACAGGGCGAGACUGUGGUGAUCGGGUUAGAAGUCAGGCCAAUGAACGUCGAGGCAGCUCGCAUAAAAGGGGAAAUAACACCCUAGGAGGUAAACCAUUUCUAGCCUACGCUAAUCAUGUGUUUGCUCCUCUGAAUGGAGAACGAGCCCCACGAGGGGCGACCGGGCACAAGAUACUGCAGCUCGCGUGUGGGCCCACGCCUGACGACAUCCUGAGUCUGCCGGGAAACAGCACAGAAGAUAUGAUUGACAUGUUAGCAGAUCAGCUAGAACACAUGCAGAACGCCCUGUGCUAUGUGCUAUUAGAUGACAAUACAACAGAUGAGUGUGAACCAACGAGGGCGGAAGUGUGGAAACUGCGGGAGGCCACUUAUCGAAAGGCUCCACGAAAACAGCAGAAAGCUGCGCCACUUAAAAUAAAAAAGAAAACAUGGACUUUAUAUUCUCUCUCCAGCUCAGAAAGCUCAGACUCGGACAGGGAGGACGACAGGAGGCGCGCUUUAAAGCUCUUGUCAGAUAAACCACAAAUAGAUUUAUCACUCGUCGCGGCUACGUCCAGAGAGCGUAGGAGAGAGUCUGACUCAGAGGAGGAAGCUUCUGUCUCUACACCCCGGCGAGGUUCAGCUACAGACAGUUUCACUGCCGCAUAUCUCCUGCAGAUCAUGACAUUCCCAGAGGCUAAAGAUAACACCAGGCUUAAGGCGAAAAUGAUAGCCGAUUUCGGGAAAACCCUAGGGGCAUCAACUACCCUAGUAGAGCUAAUGAUAAAAUAUCAUACAGGAAUAUCCAUAAGACUUGAAAUCCUUAAUGCAUACCACUCUCUCGUGAUAGGCGUCGACAACGAAGCGAAGCUCGGAAAGGACUUAGAACUGAUAAAAACCAUAGGCCUUUGGCCAUACCUCGCAGAGAAAGCCACCCGAGGGUGGACAAGUGCAAAGAUGAUAGACAAACUAAAAAAGCUAGCUCCAAAACUACCUGGAUGUCAUGAGAUCGCCUCUUGGGGCGAAGAAACAAACUGGUCGGAAAUCUCUAAAUUCGCAGCCCGAUAUGACAGGAACACUGUGAGAAUAAUUGAGCCCAGAAAUGAGAGUAAAAGGGGAACUGGGUAUAUAAAGCCUGAGGAAUGGGCCAAACUGAGUAAAGAGGAGAAACAAGCCCACGUGGAGAAACGUAAACAAAACCGCUAGAGAAAACGAGAAAUAAUGAAGUGUAACCCCAGGAGAAGCGACUAUUGCAUCGUUCAGGGAAUGAAAUGUAUGUUAGACACCAGCGCAGACGUAAACCAAAGUACUAUGGCGAGCUAUAUAUCGUGUUUAUGGUUUCAGUAAUGAAAUGAAACGGUCACCAGAGAUGGAUAUAUGUGGCGAGGAUACUUGCAUAAUAGAUAGCUCCAAAUUUAUGUUUUUAAUGAUAAUAAGAAUAAUAGUUUGUCAUUGCAGUGAUACAACGAAAUUACGUUAGGGCAUCAGUCGCAUCAUUCAUGAGGUAUAAGAGAUCAACAACAAGGCGGAGAAUCACUAGUAAACAGGAGAAGUGUGUGUGCUGCGACAAAAUAACAGAUGCAACCUUGUAGAGAAAUGGCUAAAAAAGAUCUUAUAAUAAAAUCAGAUAAAAACAGUCGACCUGGGGGAACAGGCGGAUAGAAUAGGCAAAGAUUUAAGAAAAGUUCUCGAAAAAUAUAAAGACAAUUCGGCCAAAAAGUAAAAAUAAAUAAGACUACAGAGUGGAAUCUGGGCUUGGGGGAUAUUUGAUAUGUCCAAGGAAAGUGCUUUGCAAGAGUCAAACAUCUCAAAGCCCAACUUGGAUGCAAAGUGAGGGUUGUUUAUUCGGUACGUUUGAAGAGUUAAUCGACAUAGAGGCGGCGGAUGAUGACGUUAGUGCUAUAACUCCGCCGGCACCACUAAUGAUGAUGAGCCAACAUCAAAUAAUCAAACAGUCAGCUUUUUCCUCACUCGUUAAAAACGAAGCAGAAUCAGGUGAUUUAUUGGAUCCUGACUGUUGACGAGUUCCUGGAAAACUAAAGCUGUUUAAUGGGUUUUUGAUAACGUUAAAGAGUUAGCUGUCUCUGUUUGGGAAACAAUUUUUACGUUAACAUAAUUCUGAUUAGUUUGAACGUUAUCAUUGUAGUAAUUGUUAGUAGUAAUGAUAAUUAAAUCAUCUGAGUUAUGCAUCGUCUGCAAAAACCAAGAAACUCAGAGUCAGAGACGGAGGUCUGAUCCAGACUAACUGAUCCAGACUAACUGAUCCAGACUAACUGAUCAAAACGAACUGAUCAAAACAAACUGAUCCAGACUAAGUGAUCCAGACUAACUGAUCAAAACAAACUGAUCAAAACAAACUGAUCAAAACAAACUGAUCAAAACAAACUGAUCAAAACGAACUGAUCAAAACAAACUGAUCCAGACUAAGUGAUCCAGACUAACUGAUCAAAACAAACUGAUCAAAACAAACUGAUCAAAACAAACUGAUCAAAACAAACUGAUCAAAACAAACUGAUCAAAACGAACUGAUCCAGACUAAGUGAUCCAGACUAAGUGAUCCAGACUAAGUAAUCCAGACUAGCUGAUCCAGACUAACUGAUCCAGACUAACUGAUCAAAACGAACUGAUCCAGACUAACUGAUCAAAACAAACUGAUCAAAACAAACUGAUCCAGACUAAGUGAUCCAGACUAAGUGAUCCAGACUAAGUGAUCCAGACUAGCUGAUCCAGACUAACUGAUCAAAACAAACUGAUCAAAACAAACUGAUCCAGACUAACUGAUCAAAACGAACUGAUCCAGACUAACUGAUCAAAACAAACUGAUCAAAACAAACUGAUCAAAACGAACUGAUCCAGACUAAGUGAUCCAGACUAAGUAAUCCAGACUAGCUGAUCCAGACUAACUGAU